AUGGCCAAUGAUUUGGUAAUUCAAGCACUGAAAGCAAAUGCAAAGUCCUUAAAUUUGAGCUCAAGGAACAUAACUGAGCUUUCUGAAGGUUCUGAAAAGUUAACUGGGGUUUUGAGGAUCCAUUUAAACAACAACUGCCUCUGGGACUGCAAUGGGUGUUUUUUGUAUGUGGAGAUGGGAUUGACAGAACUUAACCUGGGCAGUAACGUUUUUGAGGAGGUGCCACUGGUCCUGAAGUAUCUUCACAGCUUGAAAAAGCUGCAUUUAUUCAGGGAUCAGAUUUCCAGACUGCAUCCAGAGGUUCUGGAGGGUCUUUCAAACCUUAUUGUUCUCAACUUGAGCCACAACAAAAUCAAAAUCAUUCCUAAAGCUAUAAAGAGCCUUUCAAGUUUGGAAAGAUUCAGUAUUGCAGACAAUCAGCUAGAAGAGAUUCCUGCUGAGUUGGGGCUGGUAAGCAAGUUGACGGAGAUGAAUGUAGCCAGGAAUAAGCUGAGUGAAAUUCCGCAGGAGUUGUGUAAGUUAACACGUCUGAGGAAACUGAGCUUGGCUAGAAACAGUCUCAGAGAGUUACCAGAGGGAAUUCUUGGAUGGAAAAAUCUGAAGAUGUUAGAUAUUGCUGGUAACCAUCUGUCUAAGUUUCCAGUUGAUUUCCACAUUCUUGAGCUGGAAGAAUUAUACUUUGAGAGAAACGACCUCAUUCGGUUUGAGCUGUUCACAUCCACUCAAGAGGAGGAAGUUCUCUCAUUAAAGGUGAGGGCUGCCAGAUUCAUCCUGAAAGAACAUUUAAAUAAGUCGUCUACGGUAUCCAUGGCUUCACUGCUCCUUCCAGAUAUACAGACGAUGCUUUCCCAGUUUGGAAGGUGUGCUGUUUGCUUUGAGCCGUUUCUGACCACCUGGCUGGAGUGUAUGCAGUUCAUCAACCUGCGAAAGGACAUUGGGAUGAAAAACUCUCAGACUAUUCCAGUCCGAGUGCUACUGUGCUCCUAUUCCUGCUUCAACAAAAGCAGCCACUCUUACUACAGUGUCACGAAAGUAAAGCCAGAAGAAGUGCCCUCUCACACUUCGGUUUAUAAUUCUUGUAAUACACGUCUCCUCUAA